ACCACAUUGGGAUCGUCGAGACUAUUGUUGGCGCUAUUCAAACAGCACUCAUCGAACGGACUGUAUAUACUCGACAUAUUCAUGCCAUUCACGCCCGACAACCCCGUAGACGACGAGUCUGUGGGCAAUGUCUCCAGCGGUGGCAACAUGUUUGAAUUGCACCAAGGUACUCAUAUACUGCAAUCAUUGGAUGGCUUUGCGUUUGCAUUGGGACACGACGGACGCUUCCUAUACAUCUCAGAGACCGUCUCUAUCUAUUUAGGACUGAGUCAAGUCGAGAUGACAGGUUCGAGUGUUUUUGAUUAUACCCAUCAACAGGAUCAUGCUGAAUUGGCCGAACAACUAGGUCUAAACGUGAGCGCAUCGGUGAGCCAUCAGUUGUCAUCGUCACCACUGCCACCGGCAUCUGUGGGCUCGUCGGCCAGCAAUGAGUCCGAUUCCGGGACACCGUAUAGUAAUUCACACUCACAUAUAACGACCACCGGAUCUAAUGACACAAUGGAGAGACAGUUUUGCAUUCGCAUGAAGUCGACGCUCACCAAAAGGGGUUGUCAGCACUUCAAGUCCAGUGGCUAUCGUUGCGUACAUAUCGUCUCACAUCUGAGGCCCGAAACGCCUUCCCAACAGCACACGAGGCGUGAGGCGAGCGGCGGGUCCACCAAAAUCAUCGGAAUGGUUGCCGUCGCCAUCGCAUUGCCGCCGCCCUCUAUCAAUGAGCUUAGACUCGAGUCCGAUAUGUUUGUCACACGACUUGGCCUCGACUUUAGAAUAGCCCACUGCGAGCCCAGGGUAUCAGAUUUGUUGAAUUACACGUCGGAUGAGUUGACGGGCCGUAACAUGUAUUCACUAAUUCACGGACAGGACGUCAUUCACAUUCGCAAAAGUCAUUUAGAUUUGAUACAUAAGGGACAGGUUAUGACCAAUUACUACCGGUUCAUCAAUAAGACCGGUGGUUACACGUGGGUCCAGACGUGCGCUACACUAAUCUCCACCAACACGUCCACUGCCAAUAAGGGUUCGGGCGGUACGACCAGCACAACACCCACACCCACCUCCUCGUCCACCAACAGCGCGCCCGACGAUCACGAACAGAGCAUUAUUUGUGUCAAUUAUGUCUUAAGUGCUGUCGAGUUCAACGAUGUAGUGAUGGACACGAGUCAACUAAACGGAGGUCUGGUGGCCAUCACUCCGCCCACACCUCCCGUUAUCUCAUCGCUCAACAAACGAAACAAUCACUCAAUUAAGAGGUCUCUAUCGUCGACGCCGUCGCCUGAGUCGUCGUCGAUGGCCACAACUCACCCGAACUCCCAGUUAAGUCAUUCCCAACAGACGAGUGUUGACCACAACUCGCAUCCGCAACACGUCUCGCACAUUAGUCCCGCGCCUCCGCCGCCGCCACCGGCGCCGCAACCGGUGGUCGCAGUGACGCAAACCAAUGGCUCGACCGGCAGUUCUCCCGUCGACGCGAUCGCCAGCGAAAGUGCCAAAAGACGGCGAUUCAACUCUAGUCCAGUGCGGCCGUGGAAGUCGCCCUCUCCUCCCCCUCCCANNNNACGGGAGGUGUGGGCGGAGUGA